AUGUUUGCCCACUCAAUUCGCUCCGUUCUUAGAACCUCCGUUGUUUCUUCUCGCCCUCUGGUGAGCAGAGCUGUCUACAACAACGUGAGACCACAGCCCUUGCAACUGUCUCUGAUCAAGAGAAAUUAUUCUGCCCACCACGAGGAGACCUUCGAGGAGUUUACCACCAGAUACGAGAAGGAGUUUGACGAAGCCUACGAUCUGUUUGAAGUUCAACGUGUUCUCAACAACUGUUUCUCGUACGAUUUGGUCCCAGCUCCAGCUGUGAUCGAGAAGGCUUUGAGAGCCUGCAGAAGAGUCAACGACUACGCCACUGCCGUCAGAGUCUUUGAGGGCCUGAAGCACAAGGUCGAGAACAGCCAGCAGUACGAAGCUUACCUUGAGGAGUUGAAGGACGUUAGAGAAGAAUUAGGUAUUGAUUUGAGAGAGGAGCUGUUUCCAGACGUCUAA